AUGCCUACAGUCCUUGUGCAACGCCAACCCCGACCGCGGUUUUGGUGGCAGCGAAGCGUACAACUUGAUCCAGAUGCCAUCGCUACUCAGAUACCAGCCAAGAGAUACCAGCCAAGAGACGAUUGGGAAAAUAUCCACCGAUUCGACUCGCUGUUCCGCUGGACCUGGGGGGAAGAGUACAAGGUGGUUCGCAAAGUCGACUUGCGGAUUUUGGGAUGGACCUGCAUUAUGUUCAUGGCGUUAGAGAUCGAUCGUAGCAAUCUCACGCAGGCGUUGACGGACAAUUUCCUGCCGGACUUACAUAUGACUACAAAUGACUACAAUCUGGGGGUCACGGUGACUAGGGUUAGCUUCCUGCUUGCGGAGCUCCCAUCUCAACUUGUUUCGAAAUGGGUUGGCCCUGACCGAUGGAUUCCUGCACAACUCGUGCUCUGGAGCAUCGUCGCAGCCACGCAGUUCUGGCUUUCCGGACGGGCGACUUUUUUGGUCACUCGAGUGUUGUUGGGACUCUUGCAAGGAGGAUUCAUCCCUGGUGAGAGUAUCCGGACUCCUUCACUCUACAUUAGCGCUAAACAUCUUUCUAUCCGCCUUAGCUUUUUCUGGGCCGCAAUGAGCAUUGCAGAUAUCAUGAGUGCUAUAUUGGCGUUUGGUCUCCCGCGAAUGAGAGGUAUAGGAGGGCACAGUGGCUGGCGAUGGCUGUUCCUCAUCGAGGGUCUCCUUACCAUGGUAAUUGGCAUAUUUUCGUUUGGCCUCAUGCCUGCUGGGCCGGCACAGACAGCAAGUUGGUUCCGUGGGAAGAAGGGCUGGUUCACUGAACGUAUGCAUAACCGGCAGCUAGUGACCCCUAAGCUACUCUGGCAGAGUUUGAAGGACUAUGACUUAUGGCCAAUGUAUAUCAUGGGACUCACCUCCGGGAUACCUGCCGUUCCCCAGCAGAUGUACAUUACACUGUCACUGAAAGGACUGGGGUUCAACACCUUUGAAACAAAUCUGUUAACCAUCCCUUAUUAUGUUGGGCAUAAUAUGGCUCUUCCCUUCCUCAUCUAUCUUAACAUUAUUGACACCACGACUGUGAAUCGGUGGACAAUGUGGGCAGUGAUCACCCUGCUGCUCAGCUAUCCAAAUGCCAAUGCGAUCCUAGUUGGCUGGAACUCUCGGAACAGCAACACGGUUCGCACGUGCACCGUAUCAGCUGCUUGUUUUAACAUGUUUGUUCAGGGGUGUUCAAUGAUCUCGGCAAACAUAUACAGGAUGGACGAUGCCCUGCGGUAUCAACGUGGAAAUCGCCAGUUGCUUGCCAUAUGUUGUAUGAAUAUCGUACUGUAUCCACUGAUCAAGGCUUAUUAUGUGUGGAGGAAUAAGUCGAGGGAUGAAGUAUGGAACAAGAUGGGGAAGGACGAGAGGGAUGGAUAUUUGGAGGACGAAGGACAACGAGAUAGAGGCAAUAAAAGGUUGGACUUUAGGUUUGCGCAUUAG